AUGUCGGCGUCGCCCACAAGUGGGAAUGGCGGCGGCGCGGUGUCUCGCGGAGGCGGCAGCAGCGGCGGCGACCCCGCGGUGCCUGCGCCGCAGUACUACGACAUGCGCGCCCCCCUCACCCGUCCCGUCACGGUGCUGCAGGUGACCGGCUUCACGCUGCGUGAAGGGAUGCUGCCCAGUCUCAUCAUGCCAGACGGGAGUCUAUACUUCGGCCCCACCGCGGAGGACGGAAAGUACAGACUUCCAGCCGGCUGCGGCAUCAUUUUCUUCCAUCAUGACGAGAACGUGCCGUCUACCUUUGUGCAGCCUGCCGCGCCGUCGAGCGGUGCCAACAUGGGGGGUCUUGUCUCCUAUUUUUUUGGUGGUGGUGCUCCGCGCGACGCCAAUGCACCUGGAGGCGAUGGUGCGAAGAGGGUGGCCGGUCAAGCCGCGGCCGCCUUCACAACCCUGUGCAGACGAUAUCAACAAGGGGAUCGCUACGGUGGGGACUGGGUGAACGGCGUGUUUCACGGCGAGGGGGUUUUAGUGACGAGCUACUUCACGUAUCAAGGAGGGUGGAAGGAUGGGCUGAUGCACGGCAAAGGCACCGUCUCAUAUACCCGUAAGUACGUGGACACCAGACCUGCAGCAGCAGCCGGUGGUGGUGGAUUGGGUGGCGGCGGUGGCAUGGGGACACUUCUGCUAAAAGGUCUCUCCUACAUGACACCGUUUGAGCUGGUGGCCACAGCGGCGGCGCCAAAAGAGUACUUCGGCAACUUCGACGCAGCGCACGGCCGGCACGGCACGGGCAUCAUGCGCUACUUCAACGGCGAUGUUUACGAGGGCGACUGGCAGGACAACUGUCGCCAUGGCAAGGGCAGGCUGCGGAAGCUCGACGGUGAAGUUUACGAAGGCGACUGGGCGAACGACGAGCGUCACGGCUUCGGCAAGAUCACGUACCCAAGCGGGGCCCUCUUUAAGGGGCUCAUGCAGCACGACCAGCGCGACGGCGAGGGCGUGAUGCGCUUCGCGAACGGCGAUGAGUACCUUGGCAACUUUGCCGCGGGCACUAUUGAAGGCCUCGGCACGAUGAAGUACCGCAACGGCGACGUCUACGAGGGCGCCUGGCAUGAUCGGCUGCGCCACGGUCAAGGAAAGUUCACGCUGAAGCGCACGGGUACGACGAUGACGGGCAUGUUUCUUAACGGUCUCAUUCAUGGCGAGGGCACCGUUGUCGUACCGGGCGUGUCGACCUUUGUCGGGAUCUUUGCACGUGGCGAGAGGACCGUUGGGACAAUGCAUUGGCAUCAGCAGACGCAGCCCGAGAAAGGUGGGGAAGAGGCGUCGGGCUGCGCUGAGGCGGUCACUACCGCUGCUCCUCCUUCUCCCUCUGUAGACGAACCUCUCACAGUAGCAGCAACAGCCUGUAUCAGCCCAACGGCAAACACACCGUCCCCCACCGCCUCCGCUCCCCUCCUUCACAAAGCAGCACCGAAAAACUACCUAUGCUAUCAGGGAGAGUGGCAUGGCGAGCAUAUGACCGGUAAAGGUUUGCUGUGGUACACGAAUGGCGACUUCUUCGCGGGGCGCUUCCGCAAGAGUCUUCGCCACGGCCCGGGCAACAUGCGUUACGCGGCCGAGCAGGUGGAGUUCAGUGGGCAUUACGUGCAUGACGUGCGACACGGCCUUGGUCUGCUGCAACGCGCCGACGGCUCCAUCCGCGCCGGACGCUGGCAGCACGACGCUUUUGUGGAAGGCUACGAAGGCGAAUGGGACGGCGUUGUCUUUCACGGCAUUGGCCGCCUGACGCUGCCGAUCGACACCUUCUUUGGCCUCCGCGCGAGCAACUCCACGCUGAAGCUGUCCGAUGUGAACGCUGCGCUGCAUGCCGCAUCAAGCACGCCGCCACCGCCGCCACCGCUGCUCACGGGCAGCGGUGCAGCUGCAUCUACUGCGGUGGACGAGGAAGGGCUGGUCAGCGGUUCAAACUGCCCAGGAACUACGACCGCGGCAGCAACAGCAGCGGGGAGUGACGCGAUGCGCCGCGCUGAUGACUAUCCUCAUUUCAUCGACUUUUUCGGUGUUUUUCGCAACGGCGUGCGGGAUGGCGUGGGGCUGCUGAAGCUGCCAGCGCUGGACUGCAUCGUUGGUGGGACGCUGAACCUCGCCGAGGAUCGCCGCGGCACCGGCAAGACCUUUACCCGAAACAAAAACAGUAGGAAGGCGAGCCGUGGGGGCGCAGGGGCAGCAGCAGGUAACAACAGCGACAGAGGGAAAGACUCUUCUGCGAGUACUGUCCCCUCUUCAGGCGACAGCGUUCCCUCCGUCGUGAUCAAAGGGCGUUGGGUGCGAGAUGUGCUGCAUUGCCAGAAGGGCGUGCUGGCCUUCCCGAACGGCAUUGUGUACAUUGGCGGGUUUUGCAACGGCGCGCGCGCGGCGGACUGCGCACGGGUGUGGUGGCCUGACGGCUCCGUGAUGGAAAGCGGCUGGUGCGACGACGCGCCAAGUGGGCCCGGGGUGUGGUAUCAGCGAAAUCGAACCGACCCCAUCUUCCAGACAAUAAUCCCUCGCACACCGCGUUCGUCGCGCUCGCGCCGGCGCUGCAUCCCCGGCUCCCCGGCACCUGCGUCUGCAGCCGCGACCGUGGACACACACGGAACAAAAAGCGGCAACGACAGCGGCGAUAGCAGUGGGGCCAACGGAAACGCAGGGGGCGGUCCCUUUGGGCUUUCGUACUUAUGGGGUCUGGUCGGGCUUGGCUUUGGUGGUGGUAGCGGCAGGACGGGCAACGACGAUGGCGCAGUUGCCGACUGCAACGCCGACGAGGAGGACGACAAACCGCGGCGUGUUCUCAUCGACUUCCACAGUCACUUCGCGGUGUCGUGCACGUGGUACCCGUCCCCGAUGGAUCUUCACACCUACACCCGCGUCGUACUUCCGCAGAUCGCAGCGCAGACGGCCCCACUCGCACGCGACACGCCGUGGCCGCUGCUGAUGCAUUCAGCGACCAUGUCCACAGCAAUGUCGAACUGCGCCACCCGGACCACCGCGUCGUCCUCGGACGGUCCGCCUCCCCUGAAAAAUGGCGGCAACAACAGUAGCUUGAUGAUGCUGGAAAACUUCACCGCGACACCGCAGCAGCAACAGCAGAUGGUGCCUCCGUCACUGCGGCAAAUCGCAGCCGGCGCAACGGAUCUCCAUCUCGCUGAUCCACCAGCGAAGAUUUCCGUCGGUCGCGCCAACGGACCGGCCGUGGUGUACUUCGAUUCUGGUGUUGUCGUCGCCGGAGAGUGGCUGGGCAACGCCCCUCGCCUUGCCGUCCCGUACCGCCCCUGGUCCGCCUACGAUGGUUUCGUAGUCUGGCAGGCAAGCCGCCCCGCGGCACGCAACUGCGCUGCAACGUUUCCGCUGUGGGUUUCACCACGGUCGCAGUCGUGCUACUCCGCGCUGCUGGCGGCGGCGCCGAACGAUGUGCGGGGCGAGCCGAAGCGCACCACGGCGGAUGUCUAUCACGGUGCCCUAUCACUCGCCCUCUCGCCUCUUGCGGCCGGGGGCAGCAAUCUGGGUGAAGGGGCCACCGCCGGGGCAGCCGCGGCGGCGGAGAGCGUCAGCGGGGUCACCUCGCCCGACACGCGGUGCACCAUCUGUGCCAAGGAGUACAGCUUUUUCCGCAAGCGCGUCCACUGCACCUUAUGCCUGCGGUCGACCUGCUCCUCCUGCCUGGGUCAGAUGGACACGGACGGGCUGCAACAAGAGGACGUGAAGGCCCUUCUACGGCACGCGUACGUGACGUCGGAGCAGACGGAGCUGCUCGCGGCUGCCGCGGCAAAGAGCACGGCGAGUAGCAGCAGCAGCGGCGGCGCGGCUCGUCGUGUGGUCUUCCCGAGCAUCUCCGUGGAGCAGGUGGACCACGCCUUUGAUGGAAAGGGGACCGCUGCGCUGCCGGUGUGCGCCGAUUGCGUACGCGCGAUGCUGUGGAAGCUCCGUUACACCCAGAUGUGGAUCCCCACCUCGAUGUUCACCUCCGUGGUGGACAUCGACCGGCAUCAGCGGGACGUGCAGGUGCGCCGACAAGCGAGCGCGCCGCCGGGCGACGCGUUGAAGGCAAACACGACAGAAAUUGAUCCAGUCCUCGCAGGCGGCACGACCGCCGUAACAGAAGCGCUCGCAGUGGCCACAGGAGACGCCGACACCGCCGGCCCCAUCGCGCCCGGGGAAGAACUCCGCUGCGAGUCGUCGCGUCAGGUCUCCGCGGGGAGUGAGCUACUGCCUGCGUCGCAGAUAGACCUUGCCGACGUCGACCACGACGCACCGCACACGCCGACCUCUCCGUGUACGCUUCUCUUAAACGACGGGCUGGGUGAUUCCCCGGUGCCACUUUCCCCGCCGCCGCCCGCCGUGCCCGCUACUGCUGUGGCUGCUUCUGGGUCUCCUGGGAUGGCCAGCACGAGCACGAAUCGGUACAUCCGCACCCCACAAGACUUGCCACGCCCGAGUGGUGAGCUGCUCCCGCCAACACAGUACAUCACCUACAGCGGCUACACCUCCUACUCCAUUCCGCACAUCUACGGGGAGCUGUGGUGGGGCCGGCGCUACUACUACCGCGGUGGCUUCUGCGCCGGCGAGCGGCACGGUUUUGGUGUCCAGUACAUGCCAAACGGUGAGCGCUACGAGGGUGCCUUUGAGCGUGACGCCUGGCACGGGCAGGGCGUAUACUACCUCGAGGACGGCGCGGUGCUGAUGGGUGAGUUCCGCCGAGGAGAGCUGCGCAUCGUACAGUACCACGGUGAAGUGGAGGAAGAUACGGCGCACGGUGUACGCCCGCAUGGCCGCGGGAUCGGCUACGACUCCAAUGGCGCGGUGUACAACGGAGAGUGGAUGCAUGGGCAGCAGCACGGCACGGGGAUGCUGCGCCUGCCAGACGGCGUCUCCGUGUACAGCGGCACCUUCGUGUGCGGUGCGAUGGAGGGGAUGGGCAAGCUCGUCACCACAAGCGGGGCCUACUACGGUGACUUUAGUCAAAACCAGCAGCAAGGGAAAGGCCUCCUGUUCACCUCGAGCUGCGUGGUCGAGGGAGGCUGGGUGCAAGGCGCGUCCAGCGGGUUCACGCGCAUCUACGAGAACAGCACCGGCGAUGUCUACGAGACGACCUACCGCGCCGGCAACGAGCGGGAUGACUGCUUCCCCGCGCCGAUCAUGGUCGACGACGCGGAAGCCGCGACGUGUGGGCAGUGCGGCAUGUCCUUCUCGUUCUUCCUCCGCCGACACCACUGUCGACUCUGCGGGGAUGUAUUCUGCGAUGCGUGUUCGCAGCACCGCGCAACCUUGCCGGCAAACUUCGCAGGUGAUGGCGACACCGCGGCCAGCGCACAGAGCCCCACCGCUGCGGCGCACCCCAACACGGUCGGACAGCGCGUGUGUGAUGCCUGCUUCUACCGGCUCACACAGCGCCGCAUGAUCGCGCUGCGGCGCUACAAGGACGGCGGCAUCUACGCAGGGUGCUGGAGCCAGGGGCGGUGGGUAUCGCGGGGGCUGUACUGCCGACCGGAUGGGAUCUACAUUGCAAUGGACACUCAUGGGCAUCCGCUGAUCGCAGCUGACCUGGCAAAAGCGAAGAUGUCCGCCACCGUCACCGCCGCUGGAGCGGGGAACUCGGUAGAUAGUACAAGCAACAGUGCAGCGGAGCCGGGGAAAAAGACCGGCGCGGAGGUGCCACCGGGCGGCCUCGGCGUACCGCGACGUCCGGCGCGCACGAUGCUGCCCAUCUCCUCCUCCAUUCUGCAAGACGCCUCGCCGGCGAAGGAGGUGCUGGACAACGUCGGCGUCGUGAAACAGAGCUCAUCACGAAAGGACCUGGACUCCUUUCUGAUGUGGUGGGCCACCACACGCAGUUGCUGCGGGCUCCAGGUGCCGCUGGAUGUGCCACUCGUGUCGAAGUACCAACGCAUGCCUGCCCAGCUGCUGCGCGGCGGCAAGAGCGCCACCGUGACGAUCGGGUCCGAGGCGGCGACCUAUCUGACAUCACCGGCGCACUGCACGCUGUCGACCCCCCACACCCCGUCGCUAACGCCCAUUCGUCUCUUCGUGACACUGGCCGAUUCGCGGAAGGCGAUGCAGGCGAUGGUCGAUGGCGAAGCAAGCGAAGGCACACGAGCAGCUAACCACUCCGCGGAGGACCCAGAAGGACUGCAGCGGAAGCUUCGCAGCCCCAGCAAUAAAGACGAGGAGCGAGGUUUUCCGCCGGCUACACCACCACCGCGUUUGACAACAGCGGAGCGGCGCAUCAUCGACAGCGACGUGGAGGCGGCGGCGCUGCGGGCCUCGCGUUUCAUGCCGGUCGCCAUCCCGCGAGCGCCCACUGUACCCAUCACCGCCGCCACGGCACCCACAGCGACCAUGGCUUCCCGUGAGUACGCAUCGAUGCCAUCCAACAGUCGUGCUGCUCGCGAUCAGAGCCAAACAGCGGAGCAGCAGCAGCAAUUAAAGGAAGCAGUUGGCGUGCCGAACAGUGACCUUGGUAGCAGCUUCAGCCGAAAUGCUGCAGUGGAUGUGGAUGUGGACGGGAGCGCUUUUGGUCUGACGGCGUGGGCCACUCGCACUCCGCCGUCCAUCGACGAGGAGGACAUCACCGAUGCGAAGCUCAUGGCGAUGGUGCGGGCGGAACGCCUGGCGUGGCCCACUACCACCACCACCACAUCAUCAUCAUUACCGCCAUCGUCAUCAACUCAAACUUCUGUCUCUUCUGUCGGUUCCCUCAUGCCGCCUACGCCGACCCAGCCCCAGCUCGGCGAGAACACGACGAUCACAUGGAAUCUGUGGACCACGCGCGAUAUCCCCCGCUACGCCCCUCCACCGCUCACGCCAAUCCCGCUGGAUAAGGGCGCCCUCACUUCGCGGAGCGCACCACCGCCGUCACUACCACCGACGACGACGACGUCUUAUUCCUCGUCUUUGCCUUCGGGUGCACCACCGCGCACCGAGGCCGACUUGUACUUCGCGUGCCCAUUCUGGGAGCCGAUCGUGCCGGACGCGCAGAUGCUGCUGGAGCAGGGCAAGAUGACGCAGGCGGCGCGGCUGAUGCGGCGGUUGCAGCGGGAGCACCAAACCACGGACAAAAACAGCGGCGGCAGCAGCAGUGGCAGCGAAGCAGAGUCUACGGAGGACGCAACGGACAGCGCGUGGGCGCCCAGUGCGGAGCUCUGCAGCUCGCCCGGCGGCGCAAGAGAGCUGAAAAGCAACGGCAGCCUCGAUACGCUCGCGGUGCUGCAGGAGAUGCGGGCGGCAAACGGGACCGGCACGGGUGGGUCGUGGACGGCGGGGGGGCUUCUCUCCGCCGAGCAGCGGGCGCAGUCCGGCAGAGGCUGGGCACCGACCCCGAUGCACGGGCCUUUCACCUUUGAGAUUUCCUCAUCUCAGAAGAAGCGCUGCGCGGAUGAGCAGCGGUGGUAUUUCAAGGUUCACCAGCGGGAGGUCAACAGCUUCCAGUGA